GUACACAUUUACCCUGACGACAAUAUGCUCGCGGCUCAAGACGUUGUACAUGUACAUCUCACUCAUCCAGACCGUGACAAUCUUUUUCGCAUCGCAGCAACUCCUAGUGAUUUGAUCAAACAGAAUUUGAAGACUUUCGGUGUACAAUGUACGCAGUGUCAAAAAACGUUGGAUAAACUUUUGAAAUGUUCAAAGUGCAAGGGUGUUUGGUAUUGCUCAAAAGAGUGCCAAAAGAAACAUUGGCCCGCUCACAAACCAGCAUGUCACGACGUUGAACGCUCCUCAGGGGCCCUCAAAUUCGUACGAACGUUCUGCGCAAACAUCACGCUCAUGAUGUUCCUCAAAGUCGCCAUUAUUUACGACUGUGGUUUGCUCGACAAUCCUCGGCUCGGGUUCGACGUGCCUUUCAUGGCCCGUGUUGAUAUUGCAAUCGAGCCAACUGACAUUCUCGACUUUGCGGGACUAUAUCUCAAUAAAAGGCCCAUUGCGGAGAAACUUGAAGGAAUGGUACAAGUCAAUACCGUCUCUGCGUGGGAUCCUAAGACGCAUCCUCCCCUCACGCCGACGCGGCUUCGCUUAUGGCAGCAGGCUCGAGCACAGUCCACCGCAGCAGGCUAUGGCAAAGAUCCUGUUGGACUCAUCGAGUUCCUCAAUUAUACAGAGAAUUCUACUACCGCUGCGUUUCAUAUUGCCAGCUCUGUCCUUGCCGCCGCGAGGAAACGCGAACCCUUCUUAUGUUCCUCUGCUGUCACGGGCAAUAGAUUCGAGAAGCCCAUGGACUCUGCGACAUGUAUAGAAUAUAUCAAUUUGCAUAUUCGGGCCGAUGAGCAGAACCAGUUGCUUCUACGAACUGUGAUGACAGAACAAGACAAGGAAGUGAUUCGUGCGGCAGGUCGCAAUGAGAACUCGCUUUCCGUUUCCCUUCUCAACUACAAGAUGCAAAGAGAACCCCUGUAUGCUAACAUAAUAAAUGUGACGCCAAUUCCAUCCUCAGACAGCAGACGAGUGAAUAUGAAAGUUUGAUUGACUAGGAAUGUUUGUGAAUUAGUGUUACGUUUAGCGUAUCAUCGAAUGAAGUAUCCUGAAGUACUUCUCUUCGCGAAGGCUGAACUGUCCAAUAUUCGUGCAGUGUGACCAAAUUAUUCUCUCGCACGGAUACACUCGAAAGACUUGAUCAGUAAACACGCUCUGGCUUCCGCAAAAAAUCCACCCUUCGAAUGACUUUUUUUUUUUUUUUGAAUCAAAUUUUUGUCCGGUUGGGGUAGAGUACCCUAUUUAGGACAUUUCUAACUAGGAAAGGGGGACACCUGUGUCCCCCACCGUGUCUCCUACUCUGCAAAUGCCCUGGCGAAGGGUUGACCUCCGCCAGUCCGCCGUUCCCGCCGGCCGUUUUAGAUGCACGAGUCUGCUACUCCACGGAGCCGUAUUGAUACAGUUUGUGUUUGUGAGGGG